AUGGAGCCACUUGGGAGACUCAUUCAACUGGAUGCCAAAGGAUUAUUGGAAAAGACACGAUUGUACUUAAUAAAGAAACUGCUGCCACGUUUGGAGGACAGAAGGAAGUACCAUCAGGAUUUUGCCUCAUCCACGUCGUUUCAUGGAGUGCAUAAUAUUGUCCAGACGCAGAGCAAGACACGCAGAGCGCUGUGGCUCUUGGUGGUCAUGGGCUCCCUUGCCAUCGUCUCUUGGCAAAUCUGCAAUCGCUUCAUCUAUUACUUCAGCUGGCCAACAACAACUUCAGUUCAUGUUCAGUAUGUGGAAAAUGUUGAGUUUCCUGCUGUGACUUUUUGCAACUUGAACAGGUUUCAAGCUCAUGCAGUAACCAACCUCCAAAUUAUCUAUUUCCUUUGGAGCAUCAUGUCUGGAGUUUACCAGAAAGAGGCUAUGCAAGAAAACUUUUCUCAAGAGCUAAACAAAUUCCUUCUUGGCAACCAGAACUUUAGCAUUAAAGAGUUCACAAGGGAACACGGGUUUUAUCUCAACAGCAGCACAUUGCUAGAAUGUCAAUUUUUUGGAAAGACGUGUUACCCAGAGGAUUUUGAACAUGUUUUCACUGAAUACGGAAACUGCUUUACUUUUAAUCACAACGAUCUCCCGCAAAAGAGAAGAGUGACUCUUUCUGGACGAGGUUUAAGUUUACUUUUUGAUGUUAAACAGGAACAAUUCAUCGAUGACCCCUCCCUGGGUUACAUUGAUGCUGGUAUAACCUACGUUAUCCAUUCGCCCAAGGAGCUCCCGCGCUUCGACGGCCUGGGUCUAUCCACGCCGGUGGGCAUGCACGCGCAGGUGGCCAUCCGCCAGCUCAAGACAAUUAUUCAAGAAUACCCAUGGGGAGAGUGCAAACCUGACAUGAAACUUCAGCACCACAAGGUUUAUAGCACUUUUGGAUGCUUGCAGGAGUGCAAGGCCCGGUACGUACAGGAUUGGUGUGGCUGUCUACCGUUCACUCUUCCAGGAAAUGGAACAGAAUGCAAUAUACAGAAGUUUUACGCUUGUGUUUAUCCUGCACUCUAUGAAAUAGAGCUGAAUGGAUUAUGCACAGCAGGAACCCACAACUCCACUUGCCCUGUCCCAUGUGAAGAAACAGAUUAUCCUACCACUGUCACCUACUCAAGUUUUGCAGGAGAAAAAGCCAUAAAAUUCAUUUCUGCAAAGCUGAAGAAAACCCCAGAAUACAUCAGGGAGAAUCUUGUGCAUAUUGACAUUAAAUAUAACGAUCUGAACUACAAAACAACACAGCAGCAGAAGGCCUUGACUGUAGCCGAGUUGCUUGCUGAUGUCGGUGGCCAGCUCGGGCUGUUCUGUGGUGCCAGCAUGAUCACAAUCAUAGAGCUGCUCGAGUAUAUCCUGACCAACUUCUGCUGGAUGUGCAUCUUUCUGCUGCUGAAGGCACCUGAAAUGCCUCAGUGGAAUCUUCCGUCUCAAGAGCAGCCAACGCACAAGGAAGAAACGAAGGGAAUACAGGAAUGUUAG